AUGUUCUACGACCUUAAUGUCCCUUGGUCAGCCGAAGAUCAAAAUCUACCGAGAACACUGGCAUUCCUUCACGAGCUGGGCUAUAAUGUUGUAGCUCUAAAUCACUCCAUUACUGGCCAACUACCCAAGAAUCUGACCAGCCCCAUCCCAAAUCCGCUUCCAUCCAGCGAAAUUCCGCCCAAGCUAACAGUCCUCCGACGCGUAACCCUCACCCUCACCGAAACUCUUCCUGGAUCGCGUCUGGCAGCUUUGGCGCAGGAAUACGAUAUACUGGCUCUACGGCCAAUCGAUGAGCGCACACUGCAGCUCGCCUGCAGCUCUUUGGACUGCGACAUCAUUUCUCUCGAUCUGACACAAAGAUUUGGCUUCUUUUUCAAGCACAAAAUGCUUGGCGAAGCCCUGCGAUCUGGCAAGAGGAUAGAGAUCAACUAUUCACAAGGUCUGCUUGGCGAUGCGCAAGCGAGAAGGAACGUGAUCAGCAAUGCGACACAGCUGAUCUCAAAGAGCAGAGGACGAGGCUUGAUCAUAUGCUCUGAGACCAAAGCUGGUGCGAUUGGCUGUCGAGGACCCUGGGACGCCAUUAAUUUGGCCGCAGUCUGGGGCUUGAGCCAGGAACGAGGACAUGAGGGUAUGAGCAAAGAGGCGAGGAGUGUCGUGGUCACGGCCAAGCUGAAGAGGACGGGGUAUAAAGGCGUGAUAGAUGUGGUAUACGGUGGAGAGAAGCCCCCGCCUGUCGUCAAAGAGACGACGUCAAAUGGGAAGGGCAAGCAGAAG